CAUACUAUAAAUAAUAACUAGACUGCAGACUACUGGUUUACAUGUGCUAUACCACCAGAACUUGUUAACAACCACAACUCACUGUUCUAAGUAAAUGUACUCGUGGUUAUUUCAGCUAUCAAAUGAACCAAUUUCUGUAUCCAAACCGUCUGGUUCAAAUUUUACGUCCCUGUUCAGACCCAAUAUGUCUCUGAGGAACGGACAAGAACCAUUACCGCAUUAGGCUUAACCUUUUUUUUGCAGACCCAAUGAUCCAACAAUUUAAAGAUCCAACAAUUGAGAAACCCUUUUGUCCAGCACUAUAUAUAUUUACUAAUUUGGCAAUUAACAUUCAUUCAAAAUCGUUAGUUCAAAAUGUCUUCCUCAGAGUCAUCGACCAUGCGACAAAGAAGAUCUGACGAACAGUCGCAGCAACAACUGGUACCUCCCGACAAUAAGACAAGAUUAUACUUUUAUCAUGAACUUGAUAUCUGGCAACAGGAUAAUCACUUUAUACGUUCCGGAUAUGUUAAAGAAACAAGUUCGUAUUGGGAGUGUCUACAAUCGCUUUUAUAUUUCCAUAAUGAGACUAUAAAUAUAUACUCCCAUUUAAUUCCGUCUUCUAUAAGUUUCUGGGCUAUCUUAUACUACAUCAAUUUCCAUUUAAAGAUUUAUGAUAAUUAUCUAGGAAUAUGGGAAAAGAUUAAUUUCUUACAAUUUGGAGUGGCUUGUACGUUCUGUCUUUUCAUGUCUUCGACUUUCCACUGUAUUAAAAGUCAUUCUCAUAAGGUAAGUAAAUUUGGUAAUCAACUUGAUUAUUUUGGGAUUGUGAUUCUUAUUACCUGUUCAUUAAUAUCCAUAAUUCAAUUUGCAUUCUAUGAUCAUACUUACUAUAGAGAAUUCUUUACUACAGUAUUCCUUAUUUUAGGUACUAUCUGUACAGUAUUAACACUUGCCCCACAAUUCUCUUCCAAUAAGUAUCGGCCCUUACGAUCUCUAAUGUUUAUAACUUUCGGAUUAUCAGGGGUACUUCCUAUAAUAUCGGCUGUUGGUUUAUUUGGCUUUGAAGAAUCUGCCAAAAGAUGUAAUAUCAUAUGGUUAGCUCUUGAAGGUAUUUUUUAUAUCGCAGGAGCUGUUUUAUAUGCCAUGAGAGUUCCUGAAAGGUUUACGCACGUAGAUGAAGAUGCAACGAGUCUAUUAAAUGGACCUCAAGCAGGUCGAUUUGAUUUGAUAGGUCAUUCCCAUCAGAUUUUCCAUGUUUUCGUAGUCAUUGCUGCCUUCUGUCAUUGGUUGGGCUUAUUAGGCUGCUACCACUAUCUACAUGAACAUAUACUUCCCGCCAUGCAAGUUAUUUAGCAUGCUACUACAAGUACAGUUGAUACUCUUUUUAUAUGCGCGCAAUUAAUUAUCAACAAUACAAAUCUGGUUAUUAUAUAUAUAUA